AUGUUCCUAAGAUUCCUCGCAUUAUUUGCUGCUCGUCGAGCUACUGCUGGUGGUUGUCGGUUCAUUCAAGACCUUAACCAUAUUUCUGCUGUCGAAAAUGGCAAAACUCGAGUCCACGCCAUUGCCAUGGGUGACUUGUACUUUGUCGUUUCCGAGUUGUUUUGCCUUCCAAGCCUGUCCAUGAGAAAAGCUAGUCGUCCUUUGGAGUUAUUUGUUUCUGAUUUAAGCGGUCCUCAUGUCGCUACCCCUGUGGGUCAUCGUUAUGUCUUAACCAUUAUGGAUUAUUAUUCCAGGUACUCUUAUGUGGAGUUGUUGGUUAGGAAAAGUGAUGCAAGUCUUGCCAUUCGUAACUUUAUUGCUAGGUGUGAAUCUUAUUUUUCUGGUGAUUCUGCUGGUGAUCGAGUUGCAUAUUUUCAUUCUGAUAAUGGCGGCGAAUACAUUUCCAAAGACCUGGAGCAGUUCUUUGUGUCUAAGGGUAUCAAGCAUACUUAUACAGUUCCUCAUACUCCUCAGCAAAAUGGUGUUGCUGAGCGAUUGAAUCGCACAUUAUUUGAAAAGCCAAGUCUAUGCUUUUAUAUGCUCAUGCUCCUGACUUAUCGAGUUCUUCUUGAUUCAAGCAUUGUUGAAGCCAGGAGUGUUUACUUUGAUGAGUCCAAGUUUCCAUUUAUGAAAAGUGAUAAGGACUUGUCUAUUAAUGGUACUGGUGUUGGGUUUAGUGUUGGUUCUGGUUCAGGGUCCAUGUCAGGGCCUUGUUUUGAUUCUAAGGGUCUGGUUUUAGGAUCUAAUUUUGGGUCUCAUAGAUCUUUACCAGCAUCCUCAUCUGGUUCUGGUUCUGGUUCUGGUUCUGGUUCUAUUUGUGCUUUACCGUCUCCGUCUCUGUCUUCUUCUCCGUCUCAUUCUCCGUCGCCGCCUCCUUCUUCUUCUUCUCUAUUAUUGUUCAUAAGCCUCGUUCUGUUCGUCGCAUUUUGUCUACACCUUCUGCUCCUCUUGGAGUCUCCUACUCUUCCUACUCUUCCUUCUAUUUCUUCAGUUCCAUCUCUUCCUAGUUCUCCUAUUCUUCCACCUUCAGAUCAUGAUGUCUCUAUAUCUUCUGACUCUAGUCCUAUUGUUUCUUCUUCGGAAUAUAUUCCUUCACAAUUAGACUUAUCUGAAGCUGGUCCAUCUAUUAAUGAAUCUGAUAUUUCUGGUGAUUCUGGGAUCUCGCAACGAGGGCUGGUGUUAGUGGUCACUAAGGAUGAUACUCAAGCUGUUUUGCCUAAAUCUCGAUCUCGUGUUGUUGCUGUUCGUUUACCUUCUAUAACUCCUGCCAAACGCCGAAUCCUAGUAGUUUUGAAGAAGCUAUGUCCCAGUGAAGAAGCUGAGUUUUGGCUUGAAGCCCGUGUUAUUGAAAUGUCGUCUCUUAAACGCAAUGUUAAGCGCAAAGCUGACGGUUCAAUUGAACGUUACAAAGCUCGUCUCGUGUGUAUUGGAUUUUCGCAAGUUGAAGGUAUUGAUUAUACUGAAACUUUUGCUCCCGUUGUUCGUUACGAGACUGUAAGGAUUGUUCUUGCUAUUGCUGCUCAGUUUGGGUUCCAGGUUCAUCAUAUGGAUGUCGAGACUGCAUUUCUUAAUGGUGAUCUCAAAGAAGAUAUUUAUAUGAGACAACCUAAAAGCUUUGUUGUCAAAGGCCAGGAAUCUAAAGUGUGUCAUUUGAAGAAGUCUUUAUAUGGUUUAAAGCAAGCUCCUUUGUGUUGGAAUGAGAAGAUUCAUGGUGCUCUUGUCAAACUUGGGUUUAUUCGUAAUGAAAGUGACUACGGUGUUUAUACUAAAGGAUCUGGGUCUACCAUGGUCAUUAUUGCACUGUAUGUUGAUGAUUUACUUAUUUCUGGCAAUUCUCCUGAAGUCAUUGCCAAAACCAAGUCUUCUUUGUCAUCUAUGUUUAAGAUGAAAGACUUGGGCCCAGUCGAGCAGUUCCUUGGCAUGAGAGUUAAGCAGUCACCUUACCAUAUUACUGUGGAUGUUUCACGUUAUAUAUUUGACAUGUUGGAGGAGUUUGGUAUGCAGAAUUGUUCAAGUGUCAAGACUCCUUUACCCACUCGUGAUCUUUCUGAUUUUUCCGAGUCUGACUCUGCUACCGAUGCCUCCAUGUAUCGCAGAUUAUUGAAUCCUAAGUCUAUUCAUAUGGAAGCUGCUAAGCAUACUCUUCGUUAUCUUAAGGGUACUGCUGAACUUGGUCUUGAAUAUCGAGCUCAGAAAGUCUACAAGCUUGUUGGCUAUAGUGAUGCCGAUUAUGCACAGGACAAGCAGGACCGUAAGUCCUUUACUGGGUAUGUUUUUAUUCUGUCUGGUGGUCCCAUUACUUGGGCUUGCCGAAAGCAAGUUAGUCCUGCAUCGUCCAGCGUCGAGUCUGAGUACAUGUCAUUGUCUGAUGCGUCUAAGGAAUGCUUCUGGGUUAAUCAGUUGUUGUCCCUUUGCAAGAUUCCUGUUCCGUUGCCAGUGACUAUGUUUGAGGACAAUCAGGGAUGUAUGCAUUGGCUCAGAACCCAGUGUUUCAUCGUCGCACCAAGCAUAUUGAUGUUCGUUAUCAUGUUGUGCGUCACUAUAUUCGCAGUGGAGUAA